AUAUCUUUAUGCAACUGAAUCUGGUGUAUCGAUGAUCAGCUGUGCAGAUAAAUGUUCUUUGGAGAUAAAUUGUUAUGUAGCCAACUUUGACACCAAUUCUGAAACAUGUUUUCUUUAUAUGUCGGGAGGUUGUUAUUCUGAACAACAAUAUGAACAUGGUUGGAUAACAAUACGCCAAGAACAGGGAGAUAGGUUUGACUGGAGUCCAUGGAGUAAGUGCUCAAAAACUUGUGGAGGAGGAAAAAGAACCAGGACACACCAACACGCUAACAUUGAGAGUCCGGGAAACGUAACUUCUGUAGAGGGUUGUCAUUGUUUUGGUUGCAAUGAUACUGCUCUCAACUGCAAUGAAUGGAAAACAAAGGGCCUAGUGGAUAGUCAAACUGUAUUAAUUGAACCAAUUGCAUCUAACGGUGUUAAAUUACAAGCUGUGGAGAUUAAUUGCUAUAUGGAAAACGGAGUUGGAGUAACUAAAAUAGAUCAUGAUGGAGAGCGAGAUGUUUUAGUGGAUGGGUAUGAGAAGCAGGGAUCCUACAGUUUUAUCGUCAAAUAUCAUAUUUCUUUCGAGCACGUUGUUGCAAUCAUAGAUUCUUCCAAUUUCUGUCGACAGUUUGUACGCUGGAAAUGUGUUCAUGCUGAAUUGUGGGAAUCAGUCAGUGAGACGUGGAAUACGUACUGGACAAAUAGAAGCACAGCAUACUUGGCAACCAAUGUCUACAAACCACCGUCUGGAUUUUUCCACGGAUCUGAAGUAAAGAGAACUUGUAAAUGUGGAAUUGAUAACACGUGUCAGCAGAGCGACGUGCUCUGUAAUUGCGAUAUCAACGAUGACAUUUGGCGUUCUGAUGAAGGAUAUGUUACAAAUAAGGAAGCUUUGCCAAUAGUUGCUUUCUUUGCAGGGGAUACAGGAGAUUCCGUUGAAGAAGGGCAACACUUCAUAGGCCCACUUGAGUGUUAUGGGACUGCCUAAUAUUAAUACAGCCGUCGGGAGCAUUUAUUCAAUUCUUGGCAACUAUCAAGUCAACUUUACAACAAUUGUUCAAGUUUCAUUUUCGAAUGA